AUGGAUAUGGCGGCGUUCACGGCCGUCAGAGGCACGGCUGGGAAGCUAGCGGCGUUCACGGCCGUCAGCGGCAAGGCCAGGAGGAUGGCGGCGUUCACGGCCGUCAGAGGCAGAGUCGGAAAGAUCUGGCGGCGUUCACGGCCGUCAGAGGUGUGGCCGGUUUGGCGGCGUUCACGGCCGUCAGACGUGGGCCAGAAGGAAGUGGCGGCGCUCACGGCCGUCAGACUUAAGCCCGGAGAGGUAACCGCGGCGUUAACUGCCGCGGGGAGUACGAUCGAAUAUAGGUCGGUAAUUGCCAGCAGGAAAAACUGCCGUUUAUCGAGCAAUGAGGCCAAGGCUGGCUUCCAGAGCUCGGAGGGCGUCGCAGUGCAGCUCUUACCAAUGACUUGGUUCGAGGCGACUGAGGCGAAGAGCGAUGCCGAGUACCGCUCUUAUAUAGUGUCCGCUGUAGCGUUUCAAACACGAGAAAAUGAUUUCUCGACUUGCCAUCUAGUGGCGGGCGCACGAACCACCAUCCGGCGCGGGACUGCGCGCGACGGUGAUUGGGGAAUCUUGGCAAUAGGCGCAGUUCUUGCAGCAAUCCGAAAAAAUGAUGAAAUUGCAAAUGAGUUGAUAAAACGUUAUAUAGUAACAGGAGAGCGUUGCAAAGAAAUAAACUUCUUGAAAUGUGGCUCAGAUGAGUUUUUUGUAGGCCGCGCCGGUUUUUUAUAUGGUGCUUUAUGGUUGAAUCGUAUGAUGAAAAGAAUCGUCAUAUCAUUUGAUAUGAUGCACGAAAUCGCACGAACAAUUGUUAUCUCAGGCAAAACAUAUGCGCGGGUUCACAACAGCCCAUGCCCAUUAAUGUAUGCAUACUAUGGCACAGAAUACCUGGGUGCAGCUCAUGGACUCUGCGCAAUCCUGCAAAUUCUUAUACAGGUGCCAUUAUUCCUUGAUACUGAUGGAGAUAUCAACAACACUGUACGAAUGUGCAUAGAUUAUUUGCUGUCUUUACAAACAACAACUGGUAAUUUCCCAUGCUCUAUGGAUGAAACAGAUCAUUCUGGACGAAGUUUUCAAAGCAAUGAUGAUGAGUUGGUGCAUUGGUGUCACGGUGCUCCUGGUGUCAUAUAUUUAAUGGCGGCAGCAUAUUUGCGCUGGAAAGAUCAGCGUUAUUUGGAUUCAUGUAAACGUGCUGGCGAUCUUGUUUGGUGUAAAGGUCUUCUACGUAAAGGACCUGGAAUUUGUCACGGUGUAGCAGGCAAUGGUUAUGUUUUUCUUCUUCUAUACAGGCUUACCGAUGACAAGCGUUACCUCUAUCGUGCUGCCAAAUUUGCUGAUUUUAUGAAUUCAUCAGAGUUUCAAGUUGAUGCACGUAUUCCUGAUUCACCAUACUCACUUUAUGAGGGCAUUGCCGGCACUGCUUGCUUCCUCGCUGACCUUGUCGAACCCGAUAAAGCACACUUUCCCUUUCAAGAUGUAUUCUAAGAUCAAAAUAAUAUUACAAUAAUUAUUGUUACAACAAUUACUGUUUUUAUUCUGUUAAUAAUUAAGUUAUUAUAACACUUUAUUUAA